UACAAUACAGCUGUUCAAUCAAACUAAAUGUGAAAAGAAACAAACUAAAAUUUUUUAAAAUUUAUUUCAAAAAACUCUAAAACAACAAGCAAAUAUAGAUAUAUUAUAAAGAUUAUUAGCAUUAAGAUUAAAAAAAAUAAUUUGUUGCUAACAAAAUAAAUCAUACAUUCAAAGUAUCUUGGUAAAACGUGAAAGCAAUGGGACGUUUCAAAAUCUAUGAUCCCAAACAAAUGGUAAGGAUUUUGAAAGACCCCAAAUAUGCUAACUGUUUGCUUUGCGAGAAAAAGUUAAAAAAUGUUAUGGGUAAUAUUAAAAGACACUAUGAACAAAUCCACGAUAUGGUAAUAAGUGCAAGUGGAAAUAAGGAAGAUAAAAAAUCCCAGCAAAUUGAUGUUGAAUAUAAACCUCUAAAUGCAGUUGCAAAAAGAAGGGAAGAAGAGGCACUUCCAGCAAAUAAUUCAAAUUAUAAAAAAAUUAAAGUAGAAACGAAAGAAACUCAAACUAAUAAUAUAUAUUCGCUGCAACAGACUGACGCCAAUACAUAUAUUAAUAAUAUAGAAAUAGCUGCUUUGGACUCAUGUCAUCAGGAGGAGCUUUUAAAAUUUUUUAUUGAAACAAAAACACUACUAAAUAUACCCUUAAACAAAUUUCAAGAUGGCAAUACAUUCCAAGAAGCCUUGCCAGCAAUGAAACAAAAUUUUAAACUUAAAUGUAAUUUGAAAACAGUUGGAGAACAUAUAGAUCAAAUUGCAUGUAAAUUACAGCAGGAUAUUAGUAAAAUUGUAGACAAUAGAUUACUAUAUCUUAAACUCGAUACGGCUAUCAAAGAAGAUAGUAAAGUAAUGCUAAUAAAUAUACAAUUUAUUAAAGAUUUUGAACUCAAGGUAUUUACACUAAGCGCUCUGGAAUUACCAAAUGAUAACGUGUCCCCUUAUUUAGAGAAAGUGAUACAAACCACUUUGGAUUACUAUCAGAUAGAUAUUAACCAGAUACUUUCUACAACCAAGGACAAUGCCUAUGUCAGAGAUUCCCUUCACAUAAAUGAGAACGUGGUAGAAAAUUUGCCGCAAAAAGAUGCAACUUAUAUUUAUCCUCCUACAAAUGAAUAUUGCCAACAUUUGUGUGAUCGAUUUCCCGGACAUGCUCUACAUUUUGCCGCAAGUGAUAUAAUACAACAGUUAAAUGAAAAUAUCAGUCAAAGUCGUGAUUCUGUUAAAAGAUUACGCUUGCAAAUGCCUGGUUUAAAUCUAAAACCUUUACCGGAACUUGACAGCUCCAUCAGUUGGUGUUCCGUUUAUGAUAUGAUUAAAUCUUUAUUGAAUAUACGUGACCAAAUUGAGAAUAAUAUGGAAUUAAUGGUAGAAGUUGAUUGGACUUUUGUUCUAAAAUUUGAAGCAAGUUUUAGACCAGUUGUUAACACGGUCAUAAUGCUGCAAACCGAUAAACAUUUUAUAAUGGGGGAUUUCUAUAGAGAAUGGCUAAUGUGUGAGUUGGAAUUGGAAGAGUUAGCUACUAGUAAUGAAUUAGCCUUAUAUUUGCUAGAAUCUUUACGUAAACGAAAAGAAGAUUUAUUUCAAAAUAAAAACUUUUUGGCAGCCCUAUAUCUGGAUCCAAGAUUUUGUCAUGCAGACACUAUACAUUUCAAAAAUAAGCAAAAGAAAACAGCAAUAGCUGAACUACUGCAAAUAUUCAAUCAAUUAAAAUCAGUAGAGAAUAAUCAAAAUGUUUCGAGCUUAUGUACAAAAUUUACAGAUCGCUAUGAGAAAUUAGAGAGGAAUAUAUUAGAAAAAAUGGAAAUGCCUACAGUUUAUCCACCAGCAUCUUUAAAUAUAAUGGACGGCCAAUGGCUAAAUGAAGCUUUAGAGAAAUUACAAUUUCAUGAAAGGCUACCCUUUAAUGCUAACAUUUUGGAUUAUUGGAAAGUGGUAAAAUAUAAAAAUCCUAUAUUGGCAAAAAUAGCGGAAAUAGCUUUGGCAGCUCCUGCUACACAGGUCACAAUUAAUAGAGCUUUAAAUGCUUGGCCAUUGACGUUUAUGAAACGCAAUACAAACUUAAGUUCAACUAAUAUAGAAAAUAUAUUGUUACUUAAACUGAACCAGGAUUUAGUUGAUAAAAUAUUAUUACAAACAUAAA